AUGUUGACUGUUUUUGUGUUGUUUACACUAGUUCUCAGUCUCCGAACAUGUAAUAACCCGUUUUGCACUUCUUGUUCUAACAAUUCAUCUGUGUGUACUGAAUGCCUUGGAGAGUUUAUUUUGCAAAAUGGCAUGUGUGUCUUUGGUUUAAGUACAUGUGAACAAUUUAACGACUACGAAUGGAGUACCGGAUGCACCACAUGUAGUUUAGGAUAUAUGUUGAAGAAUGGCAUUUGUAGUAAAUGUGAUGCUAACCCACAUUGUUUGACAUUUGAAGGGAAUUGUAAUACAUGUGGCGAGUGUAUUCCACAAUUUUACUUGAAGAAUGGCAUAUGCACAUCAGACGAUUUCAACUGUGAAGAGUACAACGAGAGUGGUGUCUGUUUGUCAUGUACAUCUGGGUAUUAUCUUGACGCUACAAAGAAGUGUGUUUUGGGAACUGUUGAGAAUUGUGAUUAUUACAACUCAGAAGGGAAGUGCUUAUAUUGCCUUGACUCAUUUGUUACUGAUGUGACAACUAAAAAGUGUGUUAAAGAAAUUGAUGUCAAACCGACGAAUUGUGAGUUGAUGAUUCGAACCGAUUAUUGCAUAUCUUGUGUGAAUGGGUACUAUUGGGACAAACAAAUUUUGGAGUGCAGAAGAUGUGAAGAUGGAUGUGCGCAAUGUGACGACAAAGAUAGUUGCAGUGUAUGUGAAAAUGGGUAUGGAAAAGACCUGUCGAGUGGUGGAUGUUUUAAAUGUAGUGAUGGAUGUAACAAGUGUAUGAAGUUUGGAAGUGGUGAAGUUGAGUGUGUAGAAUGUUAUAAUAAUUAUUAUUUAAAUAACUACACUUGUACGAAUUGCACACAAUGGAAUUCGAUGAAUGAAUGCAUCGAGUGCUUCCAGGGUUACACAGUCGACCCUCAAAAUAAAGAGGCGUGUAUCAAUUCAAAUCCAAUAUGUAGUACAUAUGAUACACUAGUGGGCACAACAGAGAAUAUAACAGUUUGUGUGGAUUGUAUGUAUGGAUACUUCCUCAACACAGAAUACCAAUGCGAAAAGUGUGACGAUGUCUGUGACGGUAAAUGCACUUACAAAGCAAACAUGUGCGACGUCUACCAAUGCGACAAUACACUUUGUACAUCAUGCCCCAAUGGCGGUGCGACAUGUGAUAUUUGUUUAGAUGAGUAUUCAGCGGAAGACAACUCAUGUGGUCCAAAUAUAUGUACUUCUAUGCGAUAUGAUGGUGUAUGUAGUGUUUGCACAUACCAAAGUGAUGAUGAGACAUACUCUUACCUUCCCGAUAGUCAGACUGGGCACUGCAAAUCAAACAAGAAAGUCGAACAAAAGAAAGGGAGUAAAGGGGGUAUUAUAGCUGCUGUUAUCAUCGGUUUGUUGGCUUUGGUCGUCAUAAUAGCAAUAUUAUGUUGUUCUGCAGUGUAUAUUUACAGAAAGAAGAGAAAAACAGCAAACAAAGACGAUACUAAGAUUAUGGAAACGGAACUCCUUCCAAACAUUAAAACAAAUGAAGAGUUUUGA